UGUGUUUUUCCUAAAUUUGCCUGCGAAAAAAAUGCCGCUUUUUGAUGAUACUAGUAAAAAUAUAAUUUUGAAUUUUAAGCAACAGCACGGAUAUGAUUCAAAUGACUAUGUGGGAAUAAGUAGAUUGAUUCCUCCAUUCACACCAAAACAAAUCCGUCAUUUUUGGACAAAUAUACUGGAUCCGAGAUUAAAUCACAGUUGUUUGGAUAAAGAAGAAGAAGAUUAUACCGUUACAUGGAUUGAAAAUCGAGUUCUAAAUGGUCCAAUUAAUUGGGGGGAAUUAAUUAAUGAUAUUCAACAACGGUUCGGUAAAUUACGCCCCAAGAAUAAAAUCAAGAAUUUUUGGUACUCAAGAUUAAGACGCCGUCGAAGCGGCCAAGUAAGAAGUCAAAAUAUAAUAAAUAGUUUUAGAAGAGAAUUUGAUUCUAUAAAUAAUACUCUUCAAUCAACUAUCACUUCUCGCUUCAACCCUAAUCACCCUAAUCUAAUUCAUUCCUCAAAUUAUUAUUCCUCGAAUUGUUCCUCGAAUUAUCCCUCAAAUUAUCCCUCAAAUUAUCCCUCAAAUUCAAAUUAUCCCUCAAAUUAUCCUUCAAAUUAUUCCUCAAAUUCAAAUUAUCCCUCAAAUUAUUCCUCGAAUUAUUCUUCAAAUUAUUAUUCCUCAAUUCCUAAUAUUUCUUGCACUAACUAUUCAAUACCUCAACCUAACUCCUUUCAAUACCCCCCUCAAUCAAAUAGUAUUCCUAUUACCACUCCUAAUAUUCAUCAGCUAAUCCCCACUGCUUAUUGGCAUAAUUCAACAGUUCCUCAUACUCUUCAACCUAAACCUGACCCCCCACAAUUUAACGAACCUCAUAGGAUGAACCCUUUUUAAAAAAAAAAAAAAAAAA